CGAACAUCCUCUAGCAAUAGCGUCAGCCAACAGUGGCAUCUCUCACGAAGUGGCCUAUUCUUCAUUGGCUUCCGGUUCUAUUCGAUCACUAACUACUACUACUACGAGUACCGUUACCAAUACUAAUAGUACUACUACUACUACUACCAUUACUUUCGCGAUGGUCCAUAAUGAUCUAUUAUGCAAUAAUGGCUCCGAAUUUGUAUGUAUUUGUCAACAGAAUGCGGGUAAUUUACUAAAACAUCACAUUCUAUGCAAUGAACUCAUUGAGUUGGAUGAAUUGCCAGUAAUUGAAAUGAACAUCAGGCGUGUCAAUUUAAGUGCCCGGUUGCAUACCAAUGAAACCUACGAAUCUUAUUUUAAGCGUCGGGUUGCAACCAUUGUAAGUAACUACUGCGAGCAACGAGCUGACGAAUGUAUGGCUACAACGCUUAGGCUAAAAAAGGAAAAUGUUGUACUACUGAGUAUCAAACCAAGCAAUUUACAAUCAACAACUAUCGAUUUUGUGAUCACUAAAAGUCAGCGACGAAAUACUCUCAGUAUUAUGACAAUUUUGGAUCCUGCCAAAGUGAAAUACAUUUUGUCGAGUCAACUAGCUGCUCUGUCCCGGAUUCUCGGUGGGGUACGCAUCGAACAGGUGAAGAUAGCUAUAAUGGAAAAAUACCGAGAGAGUAAUGAUGGUAAAAGUAUACAGCGGAAUAAUUUUGGUCUUCUGCUUAUCCUAUCCGUUGUUGCUACAUUCCUAACUAUUACCUACACCAUUGCUGCCGUCCGAGUGUGCAGAGAUUGUUAUGCGAAAAGACAAGCAAAGAAGAAUGCUAGCAAAUUGAAUAAUGCUUUCGAAAUGCCAAAUUACGGCACUUGUAUACAACCAAAGCAAAAUGAGAUGGACGGAAGCUAUGAAGUUCAUAGUACUAUAAAGACGAGGACUUCUAAAGAAAAUGAUCAAAAUAAUCCAAAUCCAGGAGAAGUAACCGUUAUGGAUGCAUACCAAAUGAGGCGAAUGUUCCAGUGCGAUCCAUCACAGUUGCCAGCCGAAGAAGUGUCGCCAUUAUCACAAACUUCAAAUGACUUAUUCGUGAUAUUCGCUUUAAAAUCCCUCAAAGAACCCAAAUCACAAAUCUGUGGUCCACAACCAAAACAUACUAUUCAUCAAUCGAUAAAGGUAGGAGAAGAAAAAAAGAAUUCCCCUCUCCCACACAAGAUUAACAAAACAUCUCAAGAAAAUGAAGAUAUUGCCGAAGUACCUCAAAAAUAUACCAAUAUUUUGGCAACAAACAAACAAACUGCCGAAGAAACUUCCCAUUAUGAUUCAAAUCCAACAACUUAUUUUCGUCAGGCAGAAUAUGAAUUUUUUGAACAGCAGUUUAAAGAAUUGCCGACCUCAAUCAGUAAUCAGGUGAUGAUUGAAGAAUCACUAAAACCAACGUGCAACCAACCUGAAGUCAUUCCCGAACUUAUGAAUUCAAAUUUGAAAGGACCAACAAUCGAUGAACAGUUAGAAACAACCUCGAAUCAACCUGCAAUAGGAAAUGAAACAGCUUGGUUGCCCAAUAUAGAACCAAGAGGCAAACCUUACAGCUUGACAAGUUCAUUUUCUGAAUCAUUGUACGAUGUAGCAAAUCAUUAUAAUGAAGGAACAAUAAAUUUAGAAUUAUAUCAGUCGAAUCAGGAAACGAAACAUCGCACCGAAACUGAAAUAUCUAGCCCGAAAAGAGUUUCUCUAACGAAUCAAUUAAAUUAUCUCCAAGAAACAGAAUCCUCGGACUAUUUUGCAAAAGAUGCCAAAUCUAUUCAUUUCGUCGAAAAAUCGCGAUCAACCCAUCAAUUCGAUAACUGGUCGAGUGAGAGUGAUGAUGAAGACGGUGAUAUAUACCACAAAUUAUCAGAGGUCGAAGAAGAAAGAGAAACUGAGAGAAGUUCCAAAUUUGUUACUGUGAGCUGCGUGGAAAAAGCCAAGGAUUUCAUAGGAGACCCUACUAAUUCUCGAAAUGAAAAGCAUUUCGAACUAAAUUUGAACAUGCAAUCUUCUAUCUGUAAAAAACAAUUCAAGGUUAUUGCUGAUGAGCCAUGCUACGAACAACUGUAGGAAUCACCGUUACCACCGAAUUCGAUAACUUUGAGUUCUAUUUUCAACAAGCUUACACUGAACGAGUUUGUUAAUUUCGCGCCUAUGGAUGAUCUGAAGUGAAAGUG